AUGGUUCCCAUUGUUGGAGGGCGUUCUUCUUCUAGCUCCGGUAGGGGGAAGAACCAUGAUGGUGUAAUCAAGUUUGGCUUCAGCCUGGUAAAAGGGAAAGCAAAUCAUCCCAUGGAAGAUUAUCAUGUUGCAAAAUUUGUUCAGAUUCAAGGGCACGAGUUAGGGCUCUUUGCUAUUUAUGAUGGCCAUUUGGGUGAUGGUGUACCUUCAUACUUGCAGAAAAACUUGUUCCCCAAUAUCCUGAAGGAGGAAGAGUUCUGGGCUUUUCCAGAUAGAUCUAUCUCUAAAGCCUAUGAAAGGACAGACCAGGAUAUACUCUCCCAAGGCUCAGACUUGGGGAGAGGUGGGUCUACAGCUGUUACUGCAAUUUUGAUAAAUGGCCAAAGGUUGUUGGUAGCUAAUGUUGGGGACUCGAGAGCAGUUCUUUCAAGAGGUGGUCAAGCAGUACAAAUGAGUAUAGAUCACGAACCUAGCACCGAACGAGGAAGUAUCGAGGACAGAGGCGGCUUUGUUUCAAAUAUGCCAGGUCUUUUCACGGUUCAUUAUAUCAGCACCUCGUUGAAAUAGUCUUUAUCAAAUUAUUAAGUUACUGAACAUUAUCUAUGAUAAUUAGGUUAAUCUCCCUUCUUUUGCCACUCUGGUGUAUAUAUUGUGCGGUAACUGAAUGCCUUUAUGCAACUCAGAAAUAAGAAAAUGUACCCUGCCUUUUCCGGUAAGGUUGCUCCUUGAUACUGUAUGCAAUGAAAACAAUCUAAACCAAAACAAGGUAACCAAAUUCAGAGGUUGCCCCAGUCUGAAAGAUAACUGGAAGCUUACAACCCAAGUUUUCAACUCAAUAAUGCCUGUUCUCCUUCACUCUUAAUGACACCAUGCAUCCUUGAGUUGUAUCCUACAAAUGAAGUUCUCUUAGACCUUUGAAAUUCUGUGUUUGGGUUAUGGUGAAUUGUGUCUCCCUAUGAAUGCUGACCUGAGGAACUAGGAAAAGGACAUGGCUGGUCGUGCUCCAUUUGUAUAUGAGCCAAUUGGUGUGAAUAAUGAAAGAAUGCUUAAAUCUUCCUUUCUAUGGUUUUUAUGGUCAAAAGGUAUUUAAUCACAAAUGCCAAUUGCUCUUACUGGGUGUUGGAACUUGAAUUGGCCUUAGCUUGGUUCAGAGAGCAAUAAUCUGGAGACAAAAUUAAAGAAAACUUAAUUGACAUGAUUAUCUUUCCUUUUUUGUACGUUUCAUAGGAGAUGUCCCGAGAGUUAACGGACAGCUGGCAGUUUCUCGCGCUUUUGGAGACAAAAGCCUCAAGUCGCAUCUCAGGUCAGAUCCAGAUGUCCGAGAAUCCAGCAUAGACAACAGCACGGAUGUUCUAAUCCUUGCCAGUGAUGGCCUCUGGAAGGUUAUGUCUAAUCAAGAUGCUGUUGAUAUGGCAAGAAAGAUUAAAGACCCACAUAAAGCAGCAAAGCAGCUAACAACUGAGGCACUGAAAAGAGACAGCAAGGACGACAUAUCUUGUGUCGUUGUUAGAUUUAGAGGAUAAAGUUUACCCGAAAAAAGGCGUAUCAAUUAUCUUCCAGGUAUCAUCCAAGUUUCCCAUAAAUACUAAACUGAUUCUCUUCACACGGAUAUCCAGAUGACAAGUUCAUUUUUAUGUAUUCCGUUUGCCGUGGGUGGCGGGGAAGUGGUUCUCUCUGUAAAUUUUCACCUUCUGUUCAUGGUAGGUUCUGGUGGCUUUGAUAUUGUUUGACACCUUAGUGACAUUGAAUUUGGUGAAAAGAGGAGGGGGAGAGAGAGAAUAGGGUGUACAUUGUUGCUGCAAAAUAUUCAUGUAUCCUUGUCGAUUCAAUCAAGAAUUUCUUCCGGGUUUGGCUUGCAAGUGGAUAUGAACAGUAUUUAUGACCAGCAAGUUUUUCUGAUCAUGACAUUACUGUUCCCGUUAGGAAGUUGGUUUCCAUGUCUGAUUUGGAUUUCUUCUUAUCCAUUAAGUAAAUGCAAAUGCUUUCUCUUGUCAA